AUGGCUCUGCCCACGGCCUCAGUGAAGAUAGUCACUCCACAGGGUCUCCUCUACCCUGGAGAGACAGUCACUCUGCAGUGUGACAUAUCAGACUACACAGACUGGACGUACCGCUGGUUCAGAAACAAUGAAGAGCUUCCCAUUCAGACCAGAAAAACCAUCGCCAUCUCUCUCCCUGACCAGGCUGGUCAGUACCAGUGUGAUGGGAGGAGGAGAAGUCGGCCCCAGAAGUCAUAUUACAGCUUUUCUCUCCCCAUCAUCAUCACUGCUCUGCCCAAAGCUACACUGACUGUAGAGCCAAACCCUGUGUUUCCUGGAGAGACAGUUACUCUGAUGUGUUCAGUAGAGUCUGACAGUAUUUGGAGCUAUAAGUGGUACAAAGACAGGAAUGAUAAUGUAGUAUCUCAGUCUGGUUACAGUAACAUUGGAGUCUCUCACAUCAGUAGAGCUGCUGAGUCUGACCAGGGUCAGUACUGGUGUGAAGGGAAUAGAGUGUCUAGACCCACAUCUUCACAACCUAGUAAUGCUAUUACUCUUACUGUAAAAGGUGCGUGUCCCCAGCCCGGAACCACCAGUGCCGGGACCACGCACCAGGCCUACACUGCGCCUCAGCAGUCCAGUACGCCCUGUUCCUGCUCCUCGCACUGGCCCUGA